GGAGAGAAUGCCAGAAGGUCCGUGCCUCUGCUGAGAGUCCCAGUUAGAUGCGACGGUUUCAGCCUGGCCAAGGUGAAGGAAAGUUGCUUCGGCGCCCGGGAAGUGGGUCUGCACAGAAAAUAAGAGGGACUCAGCUGGGAACUGCUCCCCUCCCCUCCGCCGAAGGCCACCGGGUCCCCCCUUCUCCCAACCUCCUCCCUCAUUCUCCUCCCAGCCUUCCCUUUCCCACUCCCCACUGACUCGGAGGCCUGGAUGCUCUGCCACCGGGCAGUGGUCCAGCGUGUAGCAGGGAGGGGGCGGGGGCAGGGGGCACUGUGACAGGAAGCGGCGCGCACAAGUUGGCCAUUUCGGGGGCAAAAUAAGUUCUCCCUCGGAUUUGGAAAGGACAAAGCCAGCAAGCCACCUCUUUUGUGUCGGAUGAGGAGGACCAACCAUGAGCCAGAACCCGGGUGCCGGCUCAGCCGCCGCGGCUGCCACCAUGGUCAGCUCCAGUCCCUGCCAGGAGUUGGUGCGAGGAAUUUGGUGACAAGCUCUGCUAGUCUGUUCCUCCCUUAUUUGAAGGACAGGCCACGGACCCCGUGUGGAAAUGAGAGAGGAGGACUAGCAGGCAGCAUUGGCUCCGCCCACUGACAUCUCCCGGAGGUACAGAAACAAGACUCACGAAGAUGUUGACAAGACUCCAAGUUCUUACCUUAGCUUUGUUUUCAAAGGGAUUUUUACUCUCCUUAGGGGACCAUAACUUUCUGCGGAGGGAAAUUAAAAUAGAAGGUGACCUUGUUUUAGGGGGCCUAUUUCCGAUUAAUGAAAAAGGCACUGGAACUGAGGAAUGUGGGCGAAUCAAUGAAGACCGAGGGGUCCAACGCCUGGAAGCCAUGUUGUUUGCUGUUGAUGAAAUCAACAAAGACAAUUACCUGCUACCAGGAGUCAAGCUGGGUGUUCACAUUUUGGAUACAUGCUCAAGGGAUACCUAUGCAUUAGAGCAAUCACUGGAAUUUGUCAGGGCAUCUUUGACAAAAGUGGAUGAAGCUGAGUAUAUGUGUCCUGAUGGAUCCUAUGCCAUUCAAGAAAAUAUCCCACUGCUCAUUGCAGGGGUCAUUGGCGGCUCGUACAGCAGUGUUUCCAUACAGGUGGCAAACCUGCUAAGGCUCUUCCAGAUCCCUCAGAUAAGCUACGCAUCCACCAGCGCCAAACUCAGCGACAAGUCGCGCUAUGAUUACUUUGCCAGGACGGUGCCCCCCGACUUCUACCAGGCCAAAGCCAUGGCCGAGAUCUUGCGGUUCUUCAACUGGACCUACGUGUCCACUGUGGCAUCCGAGGGCGACUACGGGGAGACAGGGAUCGAGGCCUUCGAGCAGGAAGCGCGCCUGCGCAACAUCUGCAUCGCCACGGCGGAGAAGGUGGGUCGCUCCAACAUCCGCAAAUCCUACGACAGUGUGAUCCGCGAGCUGCUGCAGAAGCCCAACGCGCGCGUGGUGGUGCUCUUCAUGCGUGGGGACGACUCGCGCGAGCUCAUCAGCGCAGCCAGCCGCGCCAACGCCUCCUUCACCUGGGUGGCCAGCGACGGCUGGGGCGCGCAAGAGAGCAUCGCCAAAGGCAGCGAGCACGUGGCCGACGGUGCCAUCACACUGGAGCUGGCCUCGCAACCCGUCCGCCAAUUUGACCACUACUUCCAGAGCCUCAACCCUUCCAAUAACCACCGAAACCCCUGGUUCCAGGACUUCUGGGAGCAGAAGUUCCAGUGCAGCCUCCAAAACAAGCGGAACCAUCGGCGUGCUUGCGACAAGCACCUGGCCAUCGACAGAAGCAACUACGAGCAAGAAUCCAAGAUCAUGUUUGUGGUGAACGCGGUGUACGCCAUGGCCCAUGCCUUGCACAAAAUGCAGCGCACCCUCUGUCCCAACACCACCAAGCUUUGCGAUGCUAUGAAGAUCCUGGACGGGAAGAAGCUGUACAAGGAUUAUUUGCUGAAAAUCAACUUCACAGCUCCAUUCAACCCAAAUAAAGAUGCAGAUAGCACUGUCAAGUUUGACACUUUUGGAGAUGGAAUGGGACGAUACAACGUGUUCAAUUUUCAGGACCUGGGUGGCAAGUAUUCCUACCUGAAGGUUGGUCACUGGGCGGAAACCUUAUCCCUAGAUGUUGACUCCAUCCACUGGUCCCAGAACUCAAUCCCCACUUCCCAGUGCAGUGACCCCUGCGCCCCCAAUGAAAUGAAGAACAUGCAACCAGGGGAUGUCUGCUGCUGGAUCUGCAUCCCCUGUGAGGCCCAUGAAUACCUGGCUGAUGAGUUUACCUGUAUGGACUGUGGCCUCGGGCAGUGGCCCACUGCAGACCUGUCUGGCUGCUUUAACCUGCCGGAGGACUACAUCAAGUGGGGGGAUGCCUGGGCCAUUGGCCCAGUCACCAUCGCCUGUCUGGGGUUUAUGUGCACGUGCAUGGUCGUGACUGUUUUCAUCAAGCACAACAACACACCCUUAGUCAAAGCAUCAGGCCGGGAGCUCUGCUACAUCUUGUUGUUUGGGGUUGGCCUCUCGUAUUGCAUGACAUUCUUCUUCAUUGCCAAGCCAUCACCAGUCAUCUGUGCACUGCGCCGCCUGGGGCUGGGGACCUCUUUUGCCAUCUGUUAUUCAGCCCUGCUGACCAAGACAAACUGCAUUGCCCGCAUCUUUGAUGGGGUAAAGAAUGGCGCUCAGAGGCCAAAAUUCAUCAGCCCAAGUUCUCAGGUUUUCAUAUGCCUGGGUCUGAUACUGGUGCAAAUUGUGGUGGUGUCUGUGUGGCUCAUCCUGGAGGCUCCAGGCACCAGGCGGUACACCCUUCCAGAGAAGCGGGAAACAGUCAUCUUAAAAUGCAAUGUCAGAGAUUCCAGUAUGUUGAUCUCACUUACCUAUGAUGUGGUCCUGGUGAUCUUAUGCACUGUGUAUGCCUUCAAAACGCGGAAGUGCCCAGAAAAUUUCAACGAGGCCAAGUUCAUUGGUUUUACCAUGUACACCACAUGCAUCAUCUGGUUGGCCUUCCUCCCUAUAUUUUAUGUGACAUCAAGUGACUACAGAGUGCAGACGACAACUAUGUGCAUCUCCGUUAGUCUGAGCGGCUUCGUGGUCCUGGGCUGUUUGUUUGCACCCAAGGUGCACAUUGUUCUGUUCCAACCUCAGAAGAAUGUGGUCACACACAGACUGCACCUCAAUAGGUUCAGUGUCAGUGGAACUGGGACCACAUAUUCUCAGUCCUCUGCAAGCACGUACGUCCCGACGGUGUGCAAUGGGCGGGAAGUCCUUGACUCCACCACCUCAUCUCUGUGAUUGUGGAUUGCAGUUCAGUUCUUGUGUUUUUAGACUGUUAGACAAAAGUGCUCAUGUGCGGCUCCAGAAUAUGGAAACAGAGCAAAAGAACAACCCUAGUACCUUUUUUUAGAAACAGUACAAUAAAUUAUUUUUGAGGACUGUACAGUAUAUAGUGAUGUGCUAGAACUUUUUAGGCUGAUGUUAGUGCCCCUAUUAUUAACAAUUCCCCAGGAUAUGGAAAUAACCAUUGUUUACAGAGCUGAGCAUUGGUGACAGGGUCUGACAGGGUCAGUCUAAAAAAAUAUGGUGGCAAUAUUAGGUAACUUUUUUUCCUAUGAAGUUUUUUGUAGGUCCUUACUGUAACUAAUUUAGAAUGCGUUUCUAUGUUGUAUAUUAAAGUUACAUUAUGUGUAACAGAUUGUUUUUCUCAGCACAAAUAAAAAGCACCUGUAUUAAUGUAAAGAUCAUUGAAAAUAAAACCCUCAAGGUUUACCAGCAUGGUGGAUAAUGGCUUAUUCUUUUUUAUUCACUCCAGGUAAUUUGAACAUGUUGACUUCAGAUCAUUUCUACUUUUAAUGUUGGAAGGAAUUGUCUAAUUGUGCUUUUUUCACAUCUAUAUACACUUGGAUCCCAAGUUACUACCCUGUUAGAGUUGUGAGCAGUUCCAGGCUUCUUCCUGGACCAGGAUGAUCAGGAUUUGCUUUGACAAUACCACAAACAUCAGGCAUUUCAGUGGCCAGAUAACAAUACAUACAGUGGUUUCUUUAAGCCACAUCUGCACAGCAGCCCAGAAAUUGCCCAAAUAGGGCUCUGAGGCAAGAAGCAGAGAAUGCCUACAUUCUGGAUGCAGAGACUGCGGCCUGCCAGGGAGGGUUGAUGGCUGUCAUUUCCAAACCAACCUUAAUAAUAUGAAGGAGACUGGGAGAGCAUCUUGUCAUUCCCCUGGAAAAUCAUGCUCACCAUUCAUAACUGAAUGGGGCAAUAAAAAUGCAGGAUAGCUUAUUUCCCAGUGCUUUUCCAAAGUCCCAGUAAUGAAACAGGCAGGCAAGUUUGUCCCUAAACUUCAAUAUUUCACUAAUCUAAAUAAAAGUGAACAGGAAAGCAUGGAUAAGAGAAAACUAUCUUAUUCUUACCAAUACAGUCAUAUUUCUCCUUGAAAACCCAUUAGGCACAAAUUAUUUACUAAUGUAGGAAAAUUACUAAGAACCCAACUAUCUGCCAGGGCCUGUGCCAGGUGCCACAGAGAGAGAAUAUAUUAGUUUCCCAUGGCUAACAACUUACCACAAAGUGGGUAACUUAAAACAGCAGAUACUUAUUCUCUCAGAGUUCUGGAGGUCAGAAGUCAGAUAUCAAAACGUUGGCAGGGCUGCACCCCCACAAGCUCUAUGAGAAUUCAUUCCCUGCCUCUUCUAGCCUCCAGAGGUCAUCUCUCCCUUUGCCUGUGGCCAGGACUAUAGUCUCUGCCUCCAUCUUCUCAUCGCCUUCUCCUGCGUGUCUGUCUGCUCUCUGUGUGUCUUCCAAAGGCACUACUUCUCACUGGAUUUAGGGCCCACUGAGAAAAUCCAGGAGGAUCUCAUCUCCAGAUCCUUAAUUACAUCUGCAAAGGCCCCUUUUCCAAAUAAGGUAACAUUUUCAGUUCUCAGGAUAUAGGCCUAUCUUUCGGGAAGCCACUCUUCAACCAUAACAAAGAGAAAAAUGAAUAAAAUAGAGCUGCUGCUUUUAAGAAGCCAAAAGACUGGAAACUCUCCUACUAAGGGAAAUGUGACCAAGAGAGUGAGAGGAAGGAAGAGAAUCAAGGAUCUGAGAGACUCACAGGAUGAAUAACCAGGGGCUGGUUAAUCAAGACGUACUGAUACUAUUUUUAAAAUCUCCAGAAAUACAAUGAACAGGUGCACAAAAGCCAACACUGGCCUUGAAGGAAAUAAAGUGAGGAGUCAGAUGGUCUCUUCUUCCUUCUAGAGGCAUUUAAAUCAGCAACCUAAUCGACCCAUCCAAACCUCAC